AUCCAAGACAGUUUGUGGGACAAAAAAGGAAUUCAGCCUUAACAUACCCCAUGGGUAGAUCUGCACAGCCUUCUGCAGCUAUAUAUGCUUUAAAUCAAGAGCUUCAGUACAGUUCUGUGAAAGGACAGACUCUUUUGCUCUGCCACUGUGGAUAUUUAAAUGCAUCAUAAGAUCUUAGGUCUCCUGAUAGCUUAAGAGGAUUUGGGACACAAUCAUUAGUUGAAAACGAUAGAAAAAUAUCAGGAUGAAUCCUUUGGAUAACUGCAUGACUGUAAUUGAAACCACACUAUGAACUCAUGACCUCUGAAAUAUGUUUGAAAUCUUAUUCUCUCAAUUUUUUAACUUGAACUGAGAACACUGAACAAGUCCUGUGAAUAAUUUUGAGGUGAUUAUAACAAAAGCAGAAAUAGUUUCACAGACUUAUGACAUGGCAUUUACAAUAGCUGAUGAUGUGGCAUGAAACUUUUUUACUGGCAAAUUAGCAGAAGGGUAAAGGCUAUUAUUCUGCACUGCCUUCCCACAAGACUCCUCACCACAAAAUAUAGUUUAGAAAGAUCUUUUGUUCCUCCAGCUGUGUUAGGUUAUUGCUCAGAUGAUUCCAUCAACACAGUAAUUUGCUGCCCUCUACAACUUGAGCUUCACAGACCUCCAUAGGGGUAUAACACACAAACUUGAGUAUGGGGAUUCUGAGUCAGCUAGCAAUCAUACACCUGCUGCUCUGGGCUGCUAUGGUCGUUUGUCAACAUGAAGACUAUGAUUUUGGGGACGAAUACGAUGAAGAGCCAGAUCACGAACAUCCAUAUUAUUUUAAUUUUCAUCCAAGUACACAACAUGAAGUUCCCCAUUUUCCUAUUCCGGCGCAGUGUGCCAGAGAAUGUUUUUGCCCACCAACUUUUCCAUUAUCAAUGUACUGCGAUCAUCGUAAACUUACAACGAUACCAAAUAUCCCCAUUCACAUCCAACAACUCUAUCUGCAAAACAAUGAUAUUGAAGCUGUGCUUGCAGGACCAUUUACUAAUGCCACCAUCUUAAGAGAAAUUAACCUGAGCUACAACAAAAUUAAAUUUCACAUGAUUGACCAUGGUGUUUUUGCCAAACUUUCAAACUUAGUACAGCUUCAUUUACAGCAUAAUGAGUUAGAAGAAUUUCCAUUCCCACUCCCCAGAUCUCUAGAGCGACUCCUCCUUGGUUUCAACAAGAUUUCUCGGAUAUCUCGGCACGCGCUGGAAGGAUUACCUAACAUAACCAUGCUUGAUCUCUGCAAUAACUUUCUUGAUGACUCAGCACUCAAAGGAAAACAAUUUUCAAUCCUGAAAAAUUUAAUGCAGAUCAACUUAUGCAACAACAGAUUACAGACCAUGCCUCCUGAUCUACCACCAUCACUUAUGUACCUCUCUCUUGAAAAUAAUUCUAUUUCUUAUAUUCCAGAAAACUAUUUCAGUAGACUUCCAAAAAUCAUUGCUUUGAGAAUGUCACACAAUAACCUGCAGAACAUUCCACACAACGCCUUUAACCUGCCUAACCUUUUAGAGCUUAAUCUGGGACACAACAAAUUGAAACAAGUAUUCUAUAUUCCAAGAAGUUUGCAGCAUUUGUAUAUCGAAGACAAUGACAUUGAAAUCAUAAAUGUUACUUUGAUGUGUCCAUCUAUUGAUCCAAUGAACACCAAUCAAUUAACUUACGUGCGGGUGGACCAAAAUAAGCUUACAGCUCCAAUAAGCACAUAUGCAUUCUUUUGCUUCCCUCACAUACGAACCAUUUAUUAUGGUGAACAGAAUGGUAACGUUAACAAGUCGACCCAGCUAAGAACACCAGUGUUCCGCCGAUUUUUAACACCAGAAGAAUAUGAUGAAACAGAAGAUGAUCAUGAAACAAGUGAUCAUGAAACUGAAGAAGAUCACGAAACUGAAGACAAUUACUUUCAUGCUAACUUUCAAUGAAGUAAUCAUAGUUAAUGAGCAUAUGUGGAAACCCUUUCUUCGUUGUGGGGUAUUAAUAUCCAUUUUAGAACAGUGGGCUAGUUUGGGAUAUCUAAGAUCUAUCUAUCAAGUGGAGGUAGGAUUUUAGUGUAGGUAAAUAAGCCAUUACUGACAUAGUUAGAAAUAUAAUACUAGCAGCAAAAAAAGAGCACUCAUGUCAGCAAUAGACAGCAGCCUGAGUAUAUAACCUGAGUUGAUGAUAGACCAAUUUCUGCACUGGUAGCUUAUAAUAAAGAAUAUGAUAUCAUGUCUUACCACAAUUGCUAUCCCUGCUAACUAGGUUAAAGCUAGCAUAGAUUUAUUUGCUUGUGCUCCAGCUGGUUUGAAGACAUAAUGAAGUUAUGAGCAAUAUAAAUAGUACGAAUAAGCUCACAGUGGUAAUUACUAAUUUAAAUCACAUCCCAAGAUCACACCAUAGUCUGUAUAGCAAAUAAUUAAUAGCUUAGCAAACCUAAAAUAUUACUACACUAACAAUUACCUUUGCCUUUCAAUGAAUAUUUCAAACUGCAGUGAAGCCAGACUGCACCAAUUUUGUGCCGAGAUAAGCAUGCAAAAAGCUUUAUCUUAACUAAUCAUGUAAAUACAUGCAAAGACCACCUUUAUCUGAGGAAAAAAAUGUUUAAGAACUUCAUACUAAAGCUGGACUGACUUUUCAUUUGGCAUCUUUAUCAUAUAAAUUCAAAGAGAAGCAUACGGUAUGUUUUAGUAAAACAUGGUUUUAGUGCAAUAUUUGAAUUUUUAAUCCUUCAGCACUGAGAUAGUUAACUUUCACUGUGAAGAAAUUAUGUACUAAGUAAAAGCUUCCAUUCACAGUGCAAUUGGAAGAAAAUUGAUAUGAAAAAGUUGUAAUGUUCUAAAGUGAUCCAACUUGCAAAAUGAGAAUUAUACAGAUCAAUGUCAUGCUCCAUAAAAACAUGUGGAUAAGAGCAAAAAUCUGUCCAACUAGGUGUCCUACUACUGACAGCAGUAGGAAACAGACAGCUUAUGAAGAGUAUAAGAGAGUAACAUCACAAAAAUAAUUCCAAACAUUCCUCUACAUCUUCCAGAAAGGUAGAUACUUCUGCUUUCAAUUUCAAUUUCUAGACAGAAAAAGCAAACUUUGAGCUUCAAAUCUUCUUCAGAUUCUGUUUGCAGAGUCCUGCAAAUGUGUAUUAUAAUAAAUUUUUACUUCUCAGCUUGUACCUCAACUAUCACAACCCUUUUUCACAAAAAGAGAUUUUUGUUUAUUAGCAGACAAUGAACCACUUUUUAUCAAAGGUUUUAGGAUCUAGGGAAAAGGAUAUACAUUAAUACAACUCUAAACCACUAAUAUUAACGUUUUACAUAUAUGUUAGUUGAUAUUGUUUUAGAGGCAUUAAAAACCUAAGUUUUUGUUACAAUUAUUCAUCAAGCAGAACAAACACAAAUAGUAGCAUUCCAUCUUUUAAAAUUACUAAUUUAGACUAUCCUCCUGCACAGAUAAUACCAAUUAACUACUUAUUCCGUUUCAAAGUAGAACACAAAUUGCUUUAAGCAACCUAAAAAAAAAAAGUGCAAUACAAUAUUUGAGCUACUGAAAGGUUUUUUUUAAUUUAUGUCUUAUGCCUAGAAACGUAAUCAAAUAAAUAUAGGGUAAGAGAAUAUUUCAGGGCACUUUGCCCCCUUUAUUUAAAUUCUGUAUUUUUCAACACUUAAUUUCCUGAUAAAUCUUUUUGGCAUUGUGGAAACAUCAUCAUUUUCACAGGAAAAACAAAUGAGUGCAAGAAAUAUAGCCAUAUAUCAUGCUGCUAAUUUUAUAUUAUACUUUAUAUUUAGGAAAAUUAAAAAUAGUCUGUAAAAUUAUGCAAGUAAAUUUUUAUUAGAAUUUCUAAAGAGCUUCAGUCUUUUUUUAUAGUAUCAGUUAUGUUUUGAAAUCCCUAGUAUAUUUUGGUUUCUGCUGCAACAAUUAAAAUAUUACCAAAUAGAAUCUACUUUAUCAAAGAUUUUGGUCUUUUUUAAUGGAGAGAAAUUCCUCUUAAGGCCAUCAGUAUAACAAACAUUUGUCAGUCUUUAAGAACAACUACUUGCAAAAAUUUAUGGAUACAAAAUUGUAUUGUAUGAUGAUUAAGUUGUAGGUCUUCUAUCAACUAAUUUGAGAAGUCUGUUCUUUCUUCCCUUCUCCUUUUUCUUAUGUAUUUUACAAACAAAUUGAAUAUCUAUCACAAAAUAGCAUUAAGAAAUUUACAGGUCUGCAGAAUUUAUCUUUCCCUUUUUCUAAAUAAAAAUGUUCAUUAACAUUUAUCAGCCACAAGUAGGCCUUUAGCUUCCUGAAGGAGGAAUACAUGUGUGUAUUCAUCACCUUAAAUACUCCUAUCAAAAACCUAUGCACAUUAUAUACACAUAAAUUUAAAUAUACAUACCUAUAAUUCUAUAGCUUUAUUAAUACAAACACCUAGUAUAUUAAUCUUAGGGAAUAUUUAUACUUUUUCAUCUAUUCCAGAUUUUAAGUAGAGGUGAAUAGUGCACAAAAUGCAAAUCUAAAUUAAGACAGGCUUUUUUGAAAAUCUUGCUCAGCUUUAAAAAGAACACUAUUCAAACAUAGUACAAGUAUUACAUUUAUAUAUUUCUUAUCACAAGCUUUCUGUUCUUUAAAAACAAUCAUAGAUGAAACAAAGUUCAGCUUUAAUUUAAAGGUAACAUUAAAGAUACUAACUUUGUAGCAACUAAUUAAAUAUAUUUCUUAAUAAAGUUUAACUCAAACUGUAAUAAAAAGCUCAAAAGUUUCCAGUAAUUAUUACAUUAAACUCAUUCACAUGGAAUAUGAAAAUUUUAAUACUACAAGAACCAUAAUUCAUUUUUCAUUCAAUUAAUAUUAUCUCACUCAUGGCAAAUGCAAUGCUAUUCUUUAAAGAGAGAUUUCAACAUGGUCAGGGAACUAAAGACUUGCUAGCUUUCUGUCUGUACCAGAGAAGUGAGAAGUUGGGACAAAAUACAGAAUUAACUGAUACUUAGAUAAAUACAAUUGACUUUGCAAGACAGAACAUGGCUUCUGUAAAAGAAAGUCCUAACGUGCAAAUCUCUUGGAGUUCUUUGAAAGAAUCAUCAAGGAUGUGGAAGAGGGAAGAUCCUGGUCCAUAGUCUACAGGAAUUUCUGAAUGGAUGAAUUAAGGAAACUAAGCAGCCACAGAGCACAAGUAAGGGCAUGGACA